CAGUGGCUCCUCCGGGGGCGCAGGCGGCGGUGCCGCCCGGCCGCUCCAGCGCCUCCGCCUCGCCAAGAUGAACGCGCGGCUGCGGCACUGGCGGGAGGCGGCCACGCUGCUGCUGGCGGCGGGCACUCCGGGCCGGCCGCCGCGCUCCCCGCUCGGCCCCUUCGACUAUGAGCUGCUGCUGCUGCGCCGCACCUCCCGCAGCGGCUUCAUGCCCGGCGCCCACGUGUUCCCGGGCGGGCUGGCGGAGCCGGCGGAUUUCUCCGCCGAGUGGCUGGGGCUGCUGCCCGCCUCGCCCUACUGCGGGCUGGGCGCCGUGAAGCCGCCGCCGCCCGGCGGCAGCCGCGCCCCGCUCUUCACCACCGACCGGGAGAGCCUGGGCUCGSCGCUGCCGGGGGAAGUCGCUUUCCGCAUCUGCGCUCUCAGGGAGACCUUCGAGGAGGCGGGGAUCCUGCUGCUGGUGCCGGGGCGCGGGCCGGCCCCGCCGCUGCCGGCUGAGAGCCUGCCGCCCGCCGCCGAGCUSGAGGAGUGGCGGCGCCGGGUGCGGGAGGACCCGUCCUGCUUCCUGCGGCUGUGCCGCCACCUGGGCUGCGCGCCCAACAUCUGGGCGCUGCACGAGUGGAGCAACUGGCUGACUCCCGUCAGCAGGGCCGGGCCCGGCGGCCGCCGCUAUGACACGGCUUUCUACCUGUGCUGCCUGGAGGAGCGGCCGCCCUACGUCUCGCAGGACGACCAGGAGGUGACAGCCGUCCUGUGGUCAUCACCUCCAGAAGCCAUUGAACGGCUUAAGUCUCAAGAGAUCUGGUUUCCUCCACCCCAGUUUUAUGAAUUCUGUAGGCUGUGCAACUUCUCUUCCCUGCGGGAGUUACAGAAGUUCAGCUCCGCGCGCGCUCUGGAGGGCUGUGAGCGCUGGAUGCCRGUGACGCUGAGUGCUCCAGAUGGUUUCAUCCAGCUGCUGCCGGGAGAUGAAUUAUAUCCAGAAGAUCCAGAUUAUACAGGAGAAAAGAAAAUGAAUCUGUCAACAGAUAAGAAGAUUGAAGAUSUCAUGAAAGAGGGUGGUAUAUUUCACAGGAUAGUAAUAAAAAACAUCAACAAUCUUGCUGUCUAUGUUAAYAUUCAAGCAAAAUAUAACCAUAUAAAUCCACUGAUGAUAAAGUGUGAUAAUUCAGAUAAUAGCAGAUUAUAAUGUCUUUGGUUUAAAUCUAGGAAUAUUUUUAAUUACAUAUAUACUCAACUGUGGUAUUGGUGCUUUUUAACUGUUGCCAAAUAGCCAUGAAAAUACUCCUCUGUCCUGCCAAAGCAUAUUGUCUGUGUGUGUGAUGCCAUAUCUAUGUGUAUCUAAUUAUUUGRCUCUUUAAAAAUAGAACAAUUGUGCCACUGUUGGGUCACAAAGAUCCUCUUCUGACUGAAAAUUUGAGUAUAUCUUAUGUUCAAAACAAGCAUAUUUUAAGUUGAAGAAUUCUUUUUCUAUGCUUCCCAAAGUUACUCAUUAGAUAACUGCAAUGUGUGUCUUGAAAUGAGUGAAAUCUCCCAUUCCAUAUUUGUUGACAUCUCCUAGUCUAUUCUCGCUUUCAUUUUGGGGAAAAGCAAUAUAUGUAUAUAGCUGUAGAUAUAGAUGUAAAUUAACUAYAAUGCAAUUUAAAAAGUAAUACUGUAAAGUUAAUUUUUAUAUUUGAUAUAUUUAAAUUCUUUCUACUAAUGGUAAUUAUUCAAAACUUCAGAUUUCAAAGGUGAGUUAAUUUAAACAAAGUCAUCUAUGAAAUUAAGUGCACUAUUUUUGUCAUUUUUUUUUAUUUUCAAGUUUUAAACAAUUUAAAAAAUAAAAAAUUGUAAUUAUUAACUCCAAAAAGAUAUCAACAAUUUAUGGGAAUACUAUUCCUGCUUGAAACACCCACUUCCAUAUUCUAAUAKCCCACAUUUUGCUUCUUAAUUACUUUACUAUAUAUUAUCUGAGAUUUAAGAACUUCAGAGGAAAGAUUGCUGCUUGAUUUUUCAUUUGGAUAUUUGGUUGGAUUUAUCUUUUUUUUGUGCAAUAAAUGGAGUACUUUUGUGAAUUCUUUGUCUGGAAGGAGAAUGAAUGGUGACUUUAUGUGAGUCAGUAAAGUUGUUCAGAAAGAUUUGUUCCAGCUUUUAUUCUGUGUUUCAAUUAAAACCUUCUGUAGCAAUUUCAUAAAAUUGGUUUGAACCAUUUAUUUGGAUUAAAAAAAAAUUUAAAGCACGUCUUUCUCUUCUGU